UCAUAAUAAUCGUAUAAUCUUAGCGGUGAUCAGAGUUACUAGAAAGACUUUAAAAGUGUGUAGAAAUAUGACAUUUUGUGCGAAAAGAUCGGGUAUCAGGUUAAUCUAACAUAAUCAUCCUCAAAUUUAUUCGGAAUUCAGAGAAGAAAAGUACUUUAUAUCAAGCUUAACUAAGACAUUUUAAAAUAUUUAAAGAAAAAAAAAUCCCUCAGUAGCUCUCACAAAAAGCAUGUGUAUGGAGGAAUAUAAAAACAGCGAACAGAAAGAAGAUGGGCAAUACAACAACUAGCUCUCGCGGUCAUAGCCCUUCACCCAGGUCGCUUGAAGAGAGGAUUGAAGCUUGGGAGGUUCGAGGUCGCUUGCCGCGUGUACAACCAAUCCGUAGAACUCGAAGUCAGGUGGUGAAGACAAGGACGACCAGAGAAAUUCAUACACAGCCACUGUCUGAAUUACGAAGAAAGAACAACAAUAAGAAACCAGAUAAAACUUAUCCAGAUAUGAUUCCAGAACCAGACUACAGUGAUUCAGAGGAAGACAAAGAUCGAAAGAUUCGCCAGCCCCGGUCUAGAUCUCGAUCAACUGGUGGAAUUCAAUACAAUAACGAAGGUUUGAUUCUGCCAAAGAAACCUGCUAAUCCAUGUCUAGAAUCAUCUGAGAGACAAAGCCUGCAUAGGGAACUGCUUUUCAACCAGAGAAUAGGAAGAAGUGUUCUAAAUCAGAAAACAGAACUUCAGAAGGCUCUAGAAAAAUUCAAAGAUGAGCAGAAAAAAAGGGAGAUAGAAGAAGAAAAACACACUAAGUGCACAGCCUUAGAAAAGAAGUUGGAACAGCAGGCCAUUAAAAUCAAACAAUAUGAAAAUGAUGAGAAAACCCAGAAGAAAGAGGAUUCGGAAUUUUUAAAGAUACAUGCCAAAGUUCGUGCACAGAUGAUUUUGUAGGAUUGUGUUUGUAGGUUGUGUAUAUAAAGCAGCAAUCUGACUGUCAAUAGUGAUGAAGUCAUUCAUGUGGAAUUGUAUAAACCCAUAUUCAAGUGAAAAAUAUGGAUAGUGGAAGUAAUGAAAGUUCCCAUUAUCAGUUUGUUCAUUUGUGUGUAUUUUAAAAGACUUUGUAUUAUGUAUUACAGCUAGGAAGGAGGAAUCCCACUGUAUGUACUAAUAAAAAUGUGCCUUAGA